AUGAGCACUUUGCAAGACGAGAAUGCGAUUCUCGUAGAUCAUAUUAGAGAGCUUCAAGGAAAAAUUGAAAAGGAUGAGAAAGAAUUCAACGAUCUAAAGGCGAAUGUAAGCGACCAACAAAAUGAGAUUGCCCAGCUCAAGGGGCAAUUAACGGAGUUCGAACGCGUCCUGAUUCUUGAAAAUGAAGCUCAUGAAUUGACGAAAAAGAAAAUGACAAUCUGA